AUGAAGACAAAUAGCCUUAUUGCGAGUUUCUGGUUAGGCAAAGAAUUGCAAUCAAAUGAUAUUGCACGAAACGAAGAAAUUAAGGCUACUCUAAACAAAUGGCAAAGUUGUCUGAGUCUUCGCGUUAGACAGUUACUCUUAUUUGAAGACGAAAGCAAUAUUAGUUUGAAGGAAUUGGUUUUAUCAGAUAAUAAAAAUAAUAGUAGCUCUGCAAUAUGUGAGAAAGGCUUAAUUAAAGAAAGUGUGUUUGUAGGGUUGCGGAAUGACGAUGUCCCUUAUGAUACUUUAGAAGCGGAACCUUUCACUAAAGCGUCAAAUAUAAUAAAAGUUAUUGCGCGUCAAAUUUCGAAUUUUUUUGAUUUUAACAUAAUAUCCACAAAUGACUUUUUGAAUUUGUAUAAUGAUGAACUAAAAUGGUAUGAAAAUUAUGAUGUGUAUAAAAAAUGUAUCGAACUAUAUCUCGAAGAAGAUUAUUUUACAGUUUUAUUGAUAGUAAUAUCGAAUUUGGAGCGAAUAUUUGGUGAUAUAAUUUAUUCCCUAUAUAACGAUACAUCCAUUAUUCCCUCACUUCUUCGUGAUAUACUCAUAGCGCCAUCUCUCGUUUCACUUUUUGGAGAAGAUAUGAUCUUUUUUCUUAGGUGUGUCAUUGGACCACCAAGUUCAAUGAAUUUAAGAAAUGUAAUUUGGCAUGGUUUCAUUAACCCUCAUGAGUUUUUACCCAUCCCAGCUAAAUUGUAUUGUGCGUUCAUGUUAACUGUUACCAUGAAUGUUUGCAAUAUAGUAAGAAAUAAGGGAGUGAUAGUUUUAUUGAAGAAAAGAAAUGGGAUGAGCUUGGAUGGGUAUUACUAUUUGACUCAACGGGUUGAUAAAACUGAUGACAUGCACACAUACGAUUCGAUAAAAGAAGAUUUUGCUCAAAUAUACGAACGCCUGAUGUAUGGACACGCGAUACCUCCACAGGGUUCACAUCUACUGAUCCUGGAAACUUUGCUUUUUAGAAAUUUCUUUGUAAUCUCACAAUCUCAUUCAGCCUGGUUACGUUCAUUUCACCAUUUAUCAAAUGAUCAAGUGUUGUUAUCUUUCAUCCUUAUAUUACCGCUUCUUGAACAUUGUCUAAGAAGGAUUUACGUUUGCGUGAACAAUGUGCAAUAUCAUCGAAUGAGUACCAUGGAAGUUGGUGAAUAUUUUCUGACGCUAGAUAUUAUUCUAGAAGAAAAGGUUGAUUGGGCUUUUUUCGGAGUUGAAGAAGAGAAAAAGGAUGAGGAACAAAUGAAUGAGAUUUAUUCAGAAUUCGGAGGAAGCAUCAUGGAUUUACUUCUUGAUCUAUUUGUUCAUGCUGAUGGACCUAGGCUAAGGGAUCGUGUAGCUCAUGGAGAAACAAAUCAUUUAGUUUCUUCGGAAUCAUUCAAUUUAUCCAAUCCCUUAUGUAAUUAUUUCUUGGGACUUUUAAUAGUAUUAUGGAAUAAGUAUAAAAUAAAUAUACCAUUAACUCAUCAAGGUGAUAAUAUAAUCAAAGGAGAUUGUCAGUCUUCAACGACUAGUGAGAUAAAACUUUAUGAGAGUUGGAUAUCUAACUAUCGUUCUCGAUUUCACCCAAUUCCCAUGCUUUGGAAAGAAAGCGUUCGAAUGAUUACGAAUGUAUGGAAAUGUUGGAACGUUUAUCGAGAAAUGACAAAAACUGGCAGGUUUAUGAUGGGUAAUUGGAUCGAACCCUUUAGGGUUAUGAAAAGUGAUACUCCUGAAGAUUCUAGCUUGUUUGAUCAGGGGUUUCUCCAAAAUAUUGUGGAAGUAGCUAACAUAUUUAAAGUUGUACAGGAAUGUUGUACGAGACUUAAUAAACGUAAGCUAGGAGGAACAAAACACGUUGAUGAUAAUUCGAUUUAUUGGAGUCAAAUCAAGUUCACAAAGGAUGAUGCCAAGGUUAUUAAUUUCAGACGUGGGGUGAUCAAGAAAGCCAAUGCUGGGGUUGAAAAGUUACAUUCAAUACUUAUAACUUUACAUUCAUCAAAUUCUUUAUCAUCACGUAAACGUAAGAAUACCCAAUCAUUAUUUAAUUUAUUUCCCAGCAUGUUUCAACAAUUAUAUUUUGCAUUGUUAACGCUUGAACAGACUAGAAAUCAAAAAUCAAUGUUGUCAAAAUUAGUAUUUGUUGAAAGAUGGAAUGGAUUUUGCGUUGAAGGAAAUUGGAAAGAUAUCAAUGGAGCAUUCGAAGAAUUAUUAAACCAUUCUAAAACUGAUGACUGA